AUGGACUCCAUGGGCGGCGAUCUUCCCAAGACGGCACCCGCUGCAGUUUUAACCGGCGCGUACGGUGACCCAUACACGAUCAAAGAUGUCCCGAUCCCCACGCCGUCUGCCCAUGACGCCCUCGUGGAGUUGGAGUACAGUGGUGUGUGUCAUGGCGAUGUAUACGCUAGGGACGGAGGUGGUCCUGCUCCCAAAGACGCCGUCCGUCCUUUGACAGGUGGCCACGAAGGGGUCGGAAGGAUAGUCGCGAUGGGGACGGAGGGAAUGGACGGGUUCAGGCUCGGUGAUAUUGUGGGAAUUGCGUGGAGGAGCUACGUCUGUGGGACGUGUCAAGCUUGUCAGGCAGGGUCGGAGAACCAUUGCUUCAACCAAAAGAUCACCGGGGCACAUCGGGACGGGACUUUUCAACGAUACAUCUCGUUCCCGACCGCGCAACUGGUGCCUAUACCGUCGGGCGUCUCUCUACCGAGCGUCUGUCCGAUUCUAUGCGCAGGAGUCACCGCAUACGCUGCGCUCCAGCGCAUGAACCCUCGGGCAGGUAAAUGGUGCGUGAUUGUCGGCGGAGCAGGCGGGCUGGGCCAUUUGGCCAUCCAGUACGCCAAGGCAAUCGGGCUAAAAGUGCUGGCCAUCGAUGGCGGGUCGCCGGACAAGCAGCAGUUUUGUACCAAGAUGGGAGCCGACGUCUUUGUCGACUUUACUCUUCCGGGUCUGGUCGAGACGAUUGUCGACAAGACCGAGGGGGGUGCGGAUUACGUUCUCGUUCUGAGCCCGCAUCAGUCGUCGUACGAGUAG